UCAUUACAACUACACUUGCGCAGUAAGAGUGGGCUUCCGAUGCGCACGCGCCAUGAGCUUCUUGUUUCCCUUUUUUGCACUUGCGCACCUCUCCCAAGUGCUAUCUCCAGCACCGGCCAAGUCGGUCCCCCUUUUCUAGUAACUUCCCCGAUUCUUAACGUCAUCAGCAGGCGCCACAGCUGAGCCGGGCUGUUUCCGUUGAACUCUCCGAGAGUCGGAAAGCUUUUACAGCGUCGGGGGGCGCGCGCGAGAGAUUGUGAAGGGGUAGGAAGAGAGGGGAGGGUCGGCAUUACCCAUCAUUCAGUGCGCGGCUUGGCUAACGAGUAAAGGAGGCCCCGCCGCCGUCCAUCUAGCCUCCCUUUCCCCCUAGCGCGCGCCAUGUCUGAGAGCAGCGAGAGCCCUCCUGGGCCUCAGAGCCCCAGCGAGACCGCCGGCCCAGCCACCUCUGCCUCCGAGCCGCGGAUCAUCAAAGUCACCGUAAAGACCCCCAAAGAAAAGGAGGAGUUUGCGGUCCCUGAGACUAGCAGCAUCCGGCAGUUUAAGGAAGAAAUCUCCAAGCGUUUUAAAGCCCACACUGACCAACUUGUGUUGAUAUUCGCUGGAAAAAUUUUAAAAGAUCAAGAUACACUGACCCAGCAUGGAAUCCAUGAUGGACUUACCGUUCACCUUGUCAUCAAAACACAAAACAGGUCACAUGACAAUUCAGCUCAGCAAACAACUACUGCAGGGAGUACUGCUACCACAACAGCAUCCACCAGUAGUACCUCUACAAAUUCGACAAACACCAGCCCUUUUGGUUUGGGUGGUCUUGGAGGACUUGCAAGCCUGAGUAGCCUAGGCCUGAACACCUCAAACUUCUCAGAAUUACAGAGUCAAAUGCAGCGACAGCUUAUGUCCAAUCCAGAGAUGAUGGUUCAGAUUAUGGAGAAUCCCUUUGUUCAGAGCAUGCUUUCAAAUCCAGACCUAAUGAGGCAGUUAAUUAUGGCUAAUCCUCAGAUGCAGCAGUUGAUACAACGAAAUCCAGAGAUCAGCCAUAUGCUUAAUAAUCCAGAUAUAAUGAGACAGACUUUAGAACUUGCUAGAAACCCUGCAAUGAUGCAAGAAAUGAUGAGAAACCAGGACCGUGCCUUGAGCAACCUUGAAAGUAUACCUGGUGGUUAUAAUGCUUUGCGACGCAUGUACACAGAUAUACAGGAGCCAAUGCUGAAUGCAGCACAAGAGCAGUUUGGAGGCAAUCCAUUUGCUUCAUUAGUAAGCAAUUCUUCAGGUGGAGACAGCCAGCCAUCUCGCACAGAAAACAGAGACCCUUUGCCAAAUCCUUGGGCUCCUCAGUCCGGCACACAGAGCUCGCCAAACAGUGGCAGCAACAGUGGAGACAGUGGAGGAAGCAGCAGUGUUGGAAGUAGUAGCACUGGAAACACAGGACAGACUUCAACAAUGCCAAAUUUGGGACCAGGUCUAGGAGCUGGUAUGUUCAACACACCUGGAAUGCAGAGCUUGUUGCAGCAAAUAACAGAAAACCCACAGUUAAUGCAGAAUAUGUUGUCUGCUCCCUACAUGAGAAGCAUGAUGCAGUCAUUGAGCCAGAACCCUGACCUUGCAGCCCAGAUGAUGCUGAAUAACCCUUUGUUUGCUGGGAAUCCACAACUUCAAGAGCAAAUGAGACAACAAAUUCCAACUUUCCUUCAACAAAUGCAGAAUCCAGAUACGUUAUCUGCAAUGUCAAAUCCUAGAGCUAUGCAGGCUUUGCUACAGAUUCAGCAAGGAUUGCAGACUCUAGCAACAGAAGCACCAGGACUUAUACCUGGAUUUAAUGCUGGUAUAGCUGGAUUAGGAAACUCUGGUUUAGGAAGUGCUGGAUUAGGGAGCACUGGCAUUCCUGCUGGAACAGCAGUGCCCACUUCAGUCCCAAAUGAAACUACAAGCCCAACAUCAGGAACCAGUGAAACUGGACACCAGCAGUUUGUUCAACAGAUGUUGCAGGCUCUUGCUGGAGCAAAUGCUCAGCAAUUGCAAAAUCCAGAAGUCAGAUUUCAGCAGCAACUGGAGCAGCUCAGUGCAAUGGGCUUUUUGAACCGUGAAGCAAACCUACAAGCGCUAAUAGCAACAGGAGGUGAUAUCAAUGCAGCCAUUGAAAGGCUACUGGGUUCCCAGCCAUCAUAGCAACAUUUCUGAAACUUGAAAAAUGUAAUUUAUUUUUGAUAACAGCUCUUAAAUCUUUCAAAUACCAGCUUUAUUUCAUUCUGACUCUUGGGAAUUGUCUUGUUCUAACUAAACCCAGUCUGAUGCAUUAAGGUGGAGUGCAGUAGUUUUCUUCAAACAGUGGGAAUCAAUGCUUUUCACUUGGUUGUUGCAUGCAUCAAACCCUUCUUCAUUCUACAUUUAUUGUGAUUUUUUUAAAAAAGGAAAUCUGCUUCCACAGUUGGGUGACCAGGUUUUAUCUGACCUUCAACUGUCCAAUUUAGUUGCUUCUUAAACAUUAGCCUUUGAUAGUAAUUUAUGUAGAAUACAAAUUAAAAGAGGAAACUAAUUGAUGCUAUGAUUUGUGGGUACAUAUUGCUUAUUGUGACUUGGCAUGUCUCUCUUGCUAGCAAAAUGCUGUAAGAUUUAUACCACUUGAUUUAGCUACUAUUCUUGUUUUAUCUCUACAAUAUAUAUAACACAGAAACAUUUUUUUCAAGCAACUCUUCAUUGCAGAAGUAUAAGACAUCUCAGAGCCAGAAUAAAUGAAAUACGCAAAGAUACCACCAAUGUAGUAGAAUCUUACAGCAUCUUUAGCAAGCAUCUCUUAGCAGAAGCGCUUUGACAAAUUCUUUUAAAAUAUUAGGAUUGCUGACCUGAUCUUGACAACUGUACAGAAACCUGCAUUGUAACAUUGUCCCAAAUAUUCACAAAGAUUGAUUGUAAAUUACCUUCAUCUUUGUACGGAUUGAAGGGGCACACUUGUUUGCUCUAAAACUGCUUUUGCCUAAAGCUCUUUGGCUUUAUCCCCUUGAGAUUCUAACUUGCAUUAUGAUUUGUAAUUGGACACAUACUUUCACUGACACUGUCACGUGAUAUUCUAAUUACUUUUAACCACCAUGUAAAAGUACUGUAUAUCUUUUGGGUUUUUAUUGGUAGUUACUUCUCUUGUGCACAGGUAAUAAAUGAAUUAAACUUCUUUGUGAGCAA